AUGGCAGAGUAUCGACUGCAACUCGCAACCAGUGGCACGAUGGGCGCAGCGGCCUCGAGCGGGCAGCUCCCGGAGGUCGUCGACCUCGACGCGGUGAAGAGCGCCUACGCCCUCGAGGGCUACGACCUCGACGUGCCGCGCUGGCAGAAGAUCGCCGAGCCCAAGGGCGGCACGCUGCCCCGCGCCGAGGCGCUGCGCUACGGGCCGCUGACCAAGGACGCUUUGCAGGACUUGAUGCCCGCGGACGUCGCCUGGUCCCCGAAGCUCGACAAGCGCUUCGCGAACAUGUCCUUCGGCCCCGAGGAGAAGGCGGCGAUCACGCGCGCGGACGCCGGAGCGCUCCUCGCCAAGGCGACGGCCGAGUCCGCGGCCGAGCUCAAGGAGACCGCGAAGCCCAAGUUCCGCAGGGAGACGCGCGACCUCCUCGCGCACCUCAAGUACUUCAUGGACCACCGCGCGCGGAUGGACCAGCUCUUCGCCGAGGUGUCCCCCGAGGGCGCGAUCCUCGAGCACGUCGCCUUCGACCUCGUCAAGAAGCCCGCGACGGGACACUGGGACCCGCUCCUCCGCCAGCAGCGGCCCGCGAAGCCCGGCCGCCCCGCGGACGGCGUCGUCGACACGCUCGCGGACGUCUACGAGGCCGCGUCGCUCGCGAAGAAGGUCUUCGACGCGAAAUUGAAGAGCAUGCGCGGCGCCGUCGGCCUCCCGGAGGACGCGCUCGUGCUCCCGCCGCUCAAGGGCGCGGCGAGAGCCGCGGAGAAGGCGGCGAACGACUACGGGAGCCGCGACCCGGGGCCGGGCUUCGCGUGGCUCAUGGACAUCGUCCGCGCGUCCGUCGUCGUCGACACCGAGGACCAGGUGCUGGCCAUCCUGAACCACUUCCCGAAGCGCCGCGGCGCGCCGGCGGCGGACGCGGGGCCCGCGCUCCUCGGCGGGAACGCGGACGCGGACGGCGACGGCGACGACGACGGCGUCCCCGACGUCGAGAUGAUCCGCCUCAAGAACCGCUUCGCGACGCCCAUGGCGAGCGGCUUUCGGGACAUGAACAUGCUGCUGCGCUGCAAGGUCCACACGGAGACCGACGCCUUCUUCUUCGUCUGCGAGCUGCAGAUCCACCACGCGGGCCUGCGGAAAGCGGAGAAGGCGUCGAAAAGCCACGAGGUCUACGAGUUCUUCCGGACCUACUUCCGCGGCGGCGAGGAGGCGACGGUGCGGCGGCGCUUCCUGCUGCUGGAGAAGGUGGACCACGUCCUGCGCCAGCACGGCGAGGACUUUGGCGCGGCGAUCAAGACCGUGCUCGCCGACGACGACGAGGACGCGACGGUCGCGUUCGCGGAGCUCGUGGGCCUCGGCGGCGACGCGGACACGGCGGCCGCGAUCCUGCGCACGGACGCGCGGCGGCGCGUGACCGAGCUGCACGCCGCCGCGAAGCUCGCCGUCGACGGCGGCGCGCGCGUCGACGCGGCGCUCGAG